AUGAUUUUGGGUAUUGCUGCCAUUCCAUGGAGACUUUUAGGAUAUAUGGACCAAAUCUUUGGUAUUCUGGGGAGAUUACAUUUUCAGAUCAGACAUGUGUAUAGAGAGGCUAAUAAAAUUGCAAAUUUUCUGGCUAACUAUGCUGUGCUGUCUAGAAGUGACUCUGACUUUUCUGCUAAUGGGGUGCUGCCUCUUGCGGGCAGACUUUUUCUUAAACAGGAUCAAAACAUGAUCCCUACUACCAGACUAAAGAAGGUUUGGGGUCUCAGGCUGCCUGGGUCUAGCUUGUGCCUCUGGGAUCUUUAUGGACCUGGGUUCCUUAUGAGUUUGCCUGGUCUGUCUCUGUUCACUGCCCUUUCACCUGAUCUGGGCUCCUUGGUUUUGAGAUGGGUUUUGCUAGAUCAGCCCAGCUUUGGCUUGGUGGGUUCUAAUGCAUUAUCUUCAGGGCAUUGCUCCUAUAGAUGGGUUUCAGCAACCUUUUGGAACCUUACCAUUGGUUCCAGUCAACAGUACUACUGCUCUCCUUCAGCUGGGGCUCUGCUUUUCUGCAGCUGGUCUGUUUCCUAG